AUGGAGGCGCCGCGCAGCUCGGCCAAGCAGCAGGUCGUGGACCGCAUCCCCGCGCGCAUCAAGCACAUCCAGUUCGGCAUCUACUCCAACCAGGACAUCGUGAACCAGGCCGUCCUCGAAGUCUCGGACCGCAAUGUCUACGACCUCCAGCCUGCCGCCGAUGGCACGCGCUCGCUCACGGCCAACGGGCCCAUGGACACGCACAUGGGUAUCUCGAGCAAGCAGGGAAAGUGCGGAACAUGUGGCGAAGGCCUCGACAGGUGCAACGGCCACUUCGGUCACAUCAAGCUUGCGCUGCCGGCCUUCCACGUGGGGUACCUGAAGCACAUUAUCGAGGUGCUCAACUGCAUCUGCAAAGACUGUUCGCGCGUGCUGCUGGAUGAGGUGGAGCGACGGAGAUACUUGCGCAGUAUGCGCCGGCCCGACAUGGACACUUUGCGCAAGGGCGCAGUCACCAAGAAGAUCCUCGACGACUGCAGGAAGAAGAAGACGUGCCCAUACUGCAACGCCCUGCAGGGUACCGUCCGCAAGGUCCCCGGCCACCCGCUCAAGAUCAUUCACAACCGAUACGAUGCCUUCAACCGGUCUACCGCGAAGACGAAGAAGCCACCCGCCGGCAAAGUCGAGUUCGAUCAGUCCUUCGAUACCGCCAAAUCCGCGAACCCCGAUCUAGACAAGCACCUGAAGAAGGCUGUGGACGACAUGCAUCCGCUAAGGGCGCUCAACUUGUUCAAGAAGAUAUCACCAGAGGACUGCGAGCUGCUGGCCAUGAUACCCGAGGAUGCGCGACCCGAGAUGCUGAUCUGGGAGUACAUGCCUGUACCACCAGUCGCGCUCCGCCCGUCCGUGAUGCAGGAAGGCGGCGCGACCGAGGACGACGUGACCAACAAGAUCGGAGACAUAUGCCAGAUCAGCAGCAUAAUACGCGCUGGGCUGGCGCGAGGAUUUCCUCUCCAGAUUUUGAUGGAGCAGUGGGAUUUCCUGCAGCUGCAGAUUGCCAUGUACAUCAACAGCGACGCGCCUGGUCUGAAACAACAAGGUCUUCAGAAGACCAUGCGCGGUUUCUCCCAGCGCUUGAAGGGAAAGGGUGGCCGAUUCCGUCAGAACCUUUCCGGAAAGCGUGUCGACUUCUCUGGUCGUACUGUCAUUGGGCCCGACCCGAAUCUGAGCAUCGACGAAGUCGCUGUCCCGCAGCGCAUCGCGAAGAACCUCACAUACCCCGAAAAGGCCACACGAUACAACAUUGACAAGCUGAGGAGAUUGGUGAAAAAUGGAUCGAACAAGUAUCCAGGCGCCAACUACAUCAUCAGCGAUCAGGGACCAAAUAAGGAGCCGAACAAGACGUCACUUAUUGGUCUUUCGCGAUUCGAUACCACGGGCGAGAAGUUGGAAGCCACUUCGAAGCGACUAAGGAUUGGUGACAUCGUUGAGCGACACAUUGAAGACGGUGACAUUGUUCUCUUCAAUCGGCAACCCUCCCUACACAAGCUCAGUAUUUUGAGUCAUCGCGCCAAGAUUCGCCCUUGGAGGACCUUCCGUCUGAACGAGUGUGUCUGCAAUCCUUACAAUGCCGAUUUCGAUGGUGACGAGAUGAACCUGCACGUUCCACAAACCGAAGAAGCGCGAACCGAGGCUACCGAGCUCAUGGGUGUCAAAUACAACCUUGCAACCCCCAAGAACGGAACGCCGAUUAUCGCAGCUAUCCAAGAUUUCAUUACUGCAGCAUAUCUCCUCAGCAACAAGAACAACUUUUACGAUCGACGAACGUUUUGUCAGAUUGUAAACUACAUGUUUAACGGAGAAGGAGCCUUCGACCCAGACACAGGAAAAAAGCACCCUAUCGACAUCCCACCACCAGUUGUAUGGAAGCCACAGGCACUCUGGACCGGAAAGCAGGUCUUCAACCUGCUGAUGAAGCCAUACAAGGGGUGUAGGGUGUUGAUCAACCUCGAAGCGGCAUGCAAACAGUUCAAGAAUACCCCCGAUCAAGCUCCUGAUCUGAAUGAGAACGAUGCGUAUCUUGUCAUUCGCAACUCCGAGGUCAUGUGCGGUGUGAUGGACAAGGCGACAGUUGGUGACGGUAAGAAAGACUCGGUGUUCUACGUCAUGAUGCGAGAUUUCGGCCCCGAUCACGCCGUGCAGGGCAUGAACAGAUUAUCCAAGCUGUCUGCACGUUGGCUCUCCAACAACGGCUUCUCUCUCGGCAUCAGCGACGUUACCCCCGGAGAGAAGUUGAACAAGAAGAAGCAGGAUCUCGUCGAAGAGGCUUACGCCAAGUGCGACAAGUUGAUCAAGGACUUCAAGGAGGGCAAGCUGCAGCGCGAUCCCGGUUGCGACGAAGAGCAGACGAUGGAGAACAGGAUUGGUGGUAUCUUGUCCGGUGUACGUCAAGCGGCUGGUGACAUCUGUUUCGAAGAGCUCAGCAGAUGGAACUCACCCUUGCUCAUGGCCAAGUGCGGUUCCAAGGGUUCCAACAUUAACGUCUCUCAAAUGGUUGCUUCCGUUGGACAACAAAUGAUUGGUGGUGCUCGUGUCGCAGAUGGAUUCCACCACCGAACACUACCUCACUUCCCCAAAGCCGCUCGUCAGCCCGCAUCGAAAGGUUUCGUCAGUAACAGUUUCUUCUCGGGGCUGACACCUUCCGAGUUCAUCUUCCACGCUAUGAGUGGUCGUGAAGGUCUGGUCGAUACAGCUGUCAAGACCGCCGAGACUGGUUACAUGAGUAGACGACUGAUGAAAUCACUCGAAGAUCUCUCUGCACAGUAUGACGACACUGUUCGGAACUCUUCCGGAACUGUAGUUCAAUUCCAGUACGGAGACGACAACCUCGACCCUGUAGACAUGGAGGGCAAGGCAAAACCCGUGCACUUUGACAGGACAUUUUCUCACGCCGUAACGUCGACGUGGGACAACUCCGAGUCGGGCUUGACGCCACAGGAGGUUAAGGAGUACACAGAAGCAAAGCUGAAUACCGAACGAAACAAAUAUCCCAGGUUCAAGCUCGAUGGCGUAACGCCGCUGGAGUAUCGCGACAGGACCGAUGGUGGCAUCGACCAAAAAGAGUCCUUGCGUGACUUCCUCGAUACCGUGCAAGACUACAUCUUCAAGAAAGCACAGAAGCUCGAAACAACUCUUGCCUACUUGGGAGUAGUGCAACCCGAUCGCAAGAAGGACAGGAAGCAGUCCGCAGCCGAUGCAGAAAAGUACGGCCUCGCUGAUGGAAUUGCGAAGAUCUCGCACAGCGCGCUCGAGGCCUUCAUAACACUUUGUCUAACCAAGUACCAUCGAUCACGAGUACAACCCGGUCACGCUGUUGGAGCUAUUGGUGCUCAGUCCAUUGGUGAGCCCGGAACGCAAAUGACACUGAAGACUUUCCAUUUUGCUGGUGUCGCUGGCAUGUCCAUCACCCAGGGUGUACCCCGUAUCAAGGAAAUCAUCAACGCCUCGUCCGCCAUCUCCACUCCCGUCAUCGCUUGCGAGCUGUCCAACAAGGUCUCCGAAUCCGCUGCGCGAAUUGUCAAAGCGCGUGUGGAGAAGACCUACUUGCGCGACGUUAUCUCCUACGUCGAAGAUGUCUGGCACCCCAAUGGUGCCUACAUCGCCAUGCGCAUCGACUGGGACACCAUCAACCAACUCUUCGUCGAUGUCUCACCCCAAGAAAUCGCCGCAGCAAUCAACGCCCACAAGCCGCUCAAAUGGGGCAAAGCCGGCGCCAACGUCCGCAUCUCCUCCUCCAUAAUCCGCGUCGAAGUCCCCGACCCUUACGCCGCGAAAAAGCGCCCCACAAAAACCUCGCGCAACCACAAAGAAUUCUUCGAGCGCGUCCAACAAGUCAAAGCUCUCAUCCCCGACGUCGUCAUCAAAGGCUACCCAGACUGUACACGCGCCAUCAUCAAGAAAGAAAGCAGCCCCAACGCCCAAGGCCAGUACGAAUGCCAACUCCUAGUCGAAGGCUACGGCCUCCGCGACUGCAUGACAACCCCCGGAAUAGAACCCUACAACACAAAGUCCAACCACGUCAUGGAAGUCAAAACCGUACUCGGCAUCGAAGCCGCCCGCGCAACCAUCGUCCGCGAAAUCGGAGAUGUCAUGGGUAACAUGGACAUUGAUCCGCGUCACAUGCAGCUUCUAGCCGAUGUCAUGACGUUCAAGGGCGAGGUCUUUGGUAUCACGCGGUUUGGACUGCAGAAGACAAGAGACAGUGUGUUGCAGCUUGCGUCGUUCGAAAAGACGCCGGAUCAUUUGUUUGAGGCGGCGGCGAGGGGCAAGACGGAUACGAUUGAUGGUGUUAGUGAGUGUAUUAUCAUGGGACAGAGCGUUAAGCUGGGGACAGGUAGUAUGCAGGUUGUUAGGCCGCUGUAUCUUGGGGCGGAGGAACUCAAGGUUAAGAAGACGUUGUUUGAGGAGGGGUGGGAUGCGCUAUGA